AUGGAUACCAAAUUCACAUCUCAACUCUGGCAAGCUCUCUGCUAAGCAGCAAGAAUCGAAGUACGACUAACGUCAGCCUACCGCUCCUCAGCAAAUGGUCAAGCCGAAAUAACCGUAAAGGCCAUCGAAAUGGCAUUACGCUCAUGCCCUGGCUCCUCCUUAAACCAAGCGCGAUGGCCGGAGCUUCUCCCAUAUUUAGUCGCCAUCUGUCACGUAGAGGUUGCACUUUACUUGGCACCUCUUCGUUGCUUACCUCAGCAACAGGAGCUCCUAUAUAUAGGCUCCUAUUACUUCCAUUCCUUCAGUUAGUUCUUAGACAGAACAAGACCUUUUCUCCUGCCUUCGUUGCUCGUGAGAUAGCUCCUCGCGCGUGCUCUCGCACCACACGUAGCUCCCGAGAUCUACGUGACACCAUCUUAAACUCAUCAAAGCACGAAACGACGGACGCAUGCCACAUGGCCCUCCUGGGGCAGCAAGACGGGACGACAUGCGGAUUCUGGAGCGGCAUACUUCCCCAUUGCAUUUUAGAACGACUGAUCGAGUUGACCUUACGAAUUCGGGAUGAAGGGAGUCUGGAUCCAGCCGAGACUCCAUAAUUAUAUCGCCAUUAUACGAUGAUUCUACGGUGUUAGAGUUCUAUUGAACAAGCAGGCCCCCCUGGAUAUCCUUAGGGGGGUAAUAUCAAAUUGUUUCAAACUGGUUAGGCGUUUAUUUUAUAUAAGUGGAAAGGAGAGACUUGGUCGAUCCUCGGUAUCCGUUUCUCCCAUGUUAUCACUCUACCUGGGGAGGAUGGAACGAACAUAAGAAAAGACAGCAAAAUUGGAGGCGAACU